UACUGCUGGUUUUAUUCUUUGCUGCUGCCCAACGGGUCGUGUCGUGAGCGGCAGUGAGCGGGCGUAUGGGUCGUGAGGGUUGGUUGGUGAAGCGGGGUGAAGGGAAGAGGGGAGGUAACUGGUUGUCAGUGAUGAGCUGAUGUCCGCGGUGUUAUUCGGAGUGGAAUUUCCGAUAAAAUGGAUAGUAGCCAGGAUCAUAGAGCUCAACACCAUGAAUUAUUUUUGCAAGAAAUUGAAGGCAUUGAUGAUUACUGGGGACCAACAUUCAGAGCCAUUUAUGAUGGAGAUGAACAUCAGAAAUUUAUGGAAAGGCUGGAUGCUCGAAUCAAGAGCCAUGACAAAGAUAUUGAACGGAUGUGUAACUUCCAUUAUCAGGGAUUUAUUGACUCUAUUAGAGAACUACUUCAAGUGAGAUCUCAGGCAAAGAGGCUCAAUAGUGAAGUGGUUCAAUUAGAUGAAGACUUGCAAGAAUCAGUGUCAAGUGUUUUAUUAAAAGGGGAAGAAUUGGUUCAAGCACGUAAAGUAGAGAGUAACAUAGCUUCUGCUAUUGAGAACUUGUCUCUCUGUCUGCCGACUGCUGAACAAUUAGGUAGUGAUCCAUCUGUUGUAGGGAGAAAGAAGAGACAAGCUCCUCCUCCUCCAAAUCCCUUCACUGGAGAAGUGGAUUAUGAAGCGCCUGCAGAAAGCACAUAUGAUGCAGAAGAAGACCUAAGUGCUCAGGACCUAAUUGAUUUCUCUCCUGUCUAUCGUUGUUUACAUAUUUAUACAGUAUUAGGAUCACGAGAAACGUUCGAAACAUAUUACAGGAAGCAACGAAAGAAGCAGGCUCGAUUGGUUUUACAACCUCCAACAAAUAUGCAUGAAACAAUAGCUGGAUAUCGAGCAUACAUUCAUGGUAUUGUAGGAUUCUUUGUUGUAGAAGAUCAUGUUUUAAAUACUGGUAAUGGCCUUGUUAAUAGGACAUACCUUGAUGAAGUUUGGAAUAUGGCUCUUUCAAAAAUUGUGAAUGCUUUAAGAACCCAUUCUGCAUAUUGUACAGAUGCAGCUCUAAUGCUGAAAAUAAAGAAUUUAAUCAUGCUCUUCAAUACUACACUCAGGAAUUAUGGAUACUCUGUGAAUCAGUUAUUUGAUUUGCUUCAUGAAAUACGUGAUCAUUAUAAUGAAGUUCUUAUGCAGCGAUGGGUUCAGGUCUUCAGAGAGAUUCUUGAUGAAGAAAGUUUUCUCCCUAUUCAGGCAAGGUCUUUUUGUUUUAAAGAUUUAGUGGUUACAUCUCAAGCUGAAUAUGACCAUGUAGUUGAAUCAUUUCCCUUUCAUGAUGAAGCCUUGGAACUUGCACAGUUUCCUAAAAAGUUUCCAUUUUCUCCACUAGUACCGAAAGUUUAUCAACAGGUGAAAGAAUUUAUCUAUGCAUGCUUAAAGUUUUCUGAAGAUUUAAAUUUAAGUCAAGCCCAAGUUGAUGAUAUGAUUCGUAAAUCAACAAAUUUACUACUAACUCGCUCCUUCAGUGGUUGUCUUUCAUCUUUAUUUCGGAAACCCAGUAUUGCUCUAUUACAAGUUAUUCAGAUCAUUAUUGAUACAGGAUAUUUAGAAGAUGCAACUGUAUUUUUAGAAGAAUUUGUUUCAAAUAUUACUGGUGCUCCUAAAGAAGGUCAUAUGAGUUCUCGUUCUCAAGGUCAAUCGACAAUGUUCCGUGUGGCAAGAGAUGAUGCAGAAAGACAGAUUUGUGAUAAAUUGAAGUGCAAACUGGAUGAAUUUUUAGAAUUGGAAAACUAUGAUUGGCUUUUGGGAGAACCAAAAGGGCAUGCAUCCAAAUUUGCAGCUUCUGAACCAGUGGCAGGACUUGAGGAAGGCAUGUUACUUCAGUACUUUGCUGACUUACGACAGUUGCUUGAUUUGUUUAUGACUUGGGAUUGGCCUACAUAUUUCCAUGAUUAUGGUCAGGAGAACAGUAAAUAUCAACAAGUAAAUCCCAAUACUGCAAUCAUCCUUCUUGAAAAGUUGAGAGAAGCAGAUAAGAAGACUGUAUUUUCAGUGUUGAAGAAAAGUGAGCGAGACAAGAAGAAACUGCUGGAGACUGUGUUGAAACAACUGCGUCAACUAGCCCAAACUGCCCAGCAACAUUCCUGAAGAACUAAUUUGUUAGUUUGGUGAGCUUGCCAUUAAUGAUCUGUGUGCCACUUCAUUUUUGUUUCUUUGAACUUUCUCUAAUAUAUCUUGAAAUUUAGUUAAAGCAAACUAGUGUCCAAAAAGUUUGUAUGCAUGUAAAAGUCUGCUUGUACAUACCUUUCAUUAAUAAGCUACACUUAGUAAUCUAGAAGUGAAUUAAAUAGAGAUUUAUUUAUUGCAGUUGAGAUAUGGCCAAAACCAAAGAAUCAGUUUGGAGGGAGUAAUCACUUGACAUAUGAAAUAUUCUUUGGGCAUUAAGUCUUCAUAAAAUUUCUAUUUUUUUUCUCCAUGAAGUAAUGUUUUGUAAACGUAAUUAGGAAGUAUGAAAAUUAUAAAUAAUGGCUUAUGUGAUCCCAGGUUCCCCUAAUAUUAAAUGAAUUUAGAAAUAUUGUUCACCUUCCAGUAAAAAAUAAUUUUUAAUGUCGUGGAUAAAAUUAUGUUCAACAGAAUUGUCUUAGAAUAGUUAACUUGUAAUAUUGGAAAUGAAACCAUGAAGUGCCUAAGUUAAAAAAACUCAAACUUAAAACUAAUGGGGAGAAAACAUUUUUAUGAUUGUCAUGUGCAAUGUUCACAGGAAAUGGAAAUAUUUGAAUACUUUGAAAUACUUUGUCAGGCUGUGAAUUGAAAAGCAUUAUUUCAUUUUAGAAAUUGUCUUCAUUCACUGAAAUUUACCCUUGUGUUUCUGUAUAAUUGUGGCCCAAAUUGAACCAAAAAUAUUUGUUUCUUAAUGUAAGUGAAUAGUACUUGUGCGGAGUAUCAUGCACAUUCUGUAACAUAUUUCAGCUUCAGUGUGUGGUUUUAGUCUCUAGUAAGAUAUAAAAGAGUUGGAGAUAUUUAAUGAUAUUACAAAUAAGAGCUUGUAAGUAUUCAUAUCCUAAAAGAAAUGGGGUCUAAUGCAGUUUGUUUGCAAAUGCCUAUGUGUACAUAUAUUAUUCCUCUGUAAUACGUAUUGUAAAAAAUAUUUGUAUAGAAUGAUUAAUUAUAACUGUUGCAUAUCUAACGGUACUAUAAAAAUCAUAAAUAAGGAUUUAUAAUGUGUUCUGUUGGUAGCAAUUGUAUUAUGAAUGAACUUUGUUGUAUUUUUAUGAGACUGAAGGGAUGGAAACAAAGGCACUUAGGGGUUUUGUAUGAGGAAAGAUGUUGUAUCAUUCUGCAUUUUGUGCAGCUACAGUAUCAAUUGUUAUCAGCAAAAGUAUGUUAGUUCCAUGUUAAUUGAAACUACAGUUACUAAAUUAGUAAAGAGUUUUUUAGGUUUGCUCAUCCAAGCUUGAGAUCGGCUGAGAAUGAAUGAAU